AUGAAUAAGGCAAUCUCUAAGAAGCUACUAUCAUAUCGAAAGGCACUGCCUAAAGUUGAUGAGCGGUUAGAUGAGAGCUCAUCGCAGCAAUGCAAUGAUGAUAUGGUAUUCACGUUCGCUGCAGAAAUGGCAGAUCUGGGGUAUUCUUUCUCUGAUAGCGCAUUAAAAUAUUUGAAAUCGCUUUCUAUAUCCUCCUUGCAGUUGUUCAGAUCUACUACCAGAGAGGUCUUGGAGGAAGCACUUGGAGCUGAUAAGAAAUAUGUACCCCUGUUUCGACAAUUUCCAGAAAGCAUUCCAGAUAGGACCGUAUUGGUUGAAGCUGUGCAUGAAAGACUCGACGACUAUGGCUACUUGCUAUAUUACGUGGUAUACGGACAUUGGUCCUCGGAUGAGUACAACGGUUCAUUUUUUGGUAGACCGUUUUCAGAUGCUGAGAUUCAGGACCCCAUAGAGCGCCCAAAUCUCGUAAACCAAAGGAAAAUGGUCGCAUUAGACAUUGUAGGCGAGGAAGUCAUUUUGGAGCUAUUCCAAAACUUGAUUAGCACACCUACUUCUACAACUGCAUCUGAUAAAGGGUUUAUCAAAGAAGUCAUCAAUAGGAAUGAUUCUUGGUCUUUGGCAUUACCGGAAAUCAUUCCUAAUAAAGAAAACCUAAUGGUUGUUAUCACCUAUGCUGUUGAACAUGCAGGUUCUUUCAAUGAUAAGUUACAAAAAAUGUUUUCCACAUUCAUGAAAACCGCUACAGAUGUAUUACGUCUCGCUGCGGCACUUUCAGGGUCAGAUGUUUCUCUCACGGAACAUACACGCUUUAAGCUGUCUAUUUCACAGCGCAAGUUUUUAAUGUCUAUGUUAGACAAGCUGGACCGCACUUUGGCACUGGAAGAUAUGCUCAGGUUCCGUGGGCUAUGGCUUGUCCUUGCCAAAUACUUACAUGUGAACGCAUACGAUAAACGAUAUCCAAAUGCCACCAAGAUCAUUCACACUAUAAGGUCAAAUCCGAAAUCCAUCGAGACGUUCAACAGAACCAUUGAAAACUCGUUACUUGCAAUAGGAACUGCUCAGGAUUCUAGAAACAUGAAAGCCGAAUUGAACAAAAUAUUGAACACAUUGAAAAGCAGGCCAGGUGACUUUGCGCGGAGACUGGAUCACCUAUUGCGGCUCUCCUCAUCAUCAGAGCAAGAAAUACUUCUUGAAGAGUUUUUCAAAGUCACUUCUAACAUUGCAACUCCACUCCUAUUGAAUUUGUCAACGCAUUUCCGUUAUCGGAGAGACAAGUCGCCUAUUCGAGUCUAUCUGCCCAAGGGCUCUUCGACCAACGUGCUUAUUGAGAACGAAGAUAAGAGAGUCACUCUUCCGGACGAAAUAUGUCUCCGACUGGAGAAUGGAAUAGAUGAUACACUCAUCAACAGAUUUAAAAAACUGGACUGUCUGGGGAACGUGUACAUUGAUCCAGAACUAGAAGAUUUUAUAGUCCCCAUGGACAUGCGAAAUGUAUCCGAAUCGCUACGAACAUUAGCCCGAGGAUCCAAAAUCAAGUUCGACAAAGAGGCCAAGGUCAUUAGGUUAUUCCUAUAUUGGGAGAACAUAUCAGAGUGGACACCACAGUAUAGGUCACGGGUAGAUGUUGAUUUGUCUUGUCUACAGCUUGGAGACAACUUUGAGAACCAAGGCGAAAUAGGCUACUAUAAUUUGAAAAAUAGUGGGAUCACACACUCGGGAGAUAUAACCGAUGCACCAAACGGUGCGGCUGAGUUCAUUGACAUUGAUUUAGAAGCUUUAAGAUUGCAGCAUCCCGAUACCCGUUAUCUGGGUAUGACGGUCAACUCUUACACUGGUCAACCUUUCGAUACUUUUGUGGCAAAGGCGGGGUUCAUGCUUAGAGAUGGCGUUAGUGGCAAUUUUUUCGAACCAAAAACAGUCGAACAAAAGUUUGAUGUAAUUUCUACAGCCAAAUUUAUUGUCCCGAUGGUUUUGGAUAUCAAGCUAAAUGUUAUUAUUUGGCUAGAUGUUGGUAUUCGUCAAAGGCAACUCCAUUCCGUUAACUUGAACGCAAAGAGUUCAGAAGUCGGGUCACUGGUAGAAUAUGCAGUUAACAUUUAUCGCGAAAAGUGUAACUUGCUAAAACUUUUUAAGCUGCACGCUGAGGCGCGUGCAGCUAGCUUUUCUGAUAGACUUGUGUCCGAUAAGAGCUACGACACAAUUUUCGACACUGAAUUUGCAUCCAAAAUAGAUGAGAUAAUGGGAAAGUUUCUUUUGUGA